AUGGAUGUUACGUUGAACAAGCUGCUGGAUGUGGUAAGAAGCUACAUGGAAAGCUAUCAGUGUGAGACAAGUGAUGCUCCGCUGAUGUUGGAUGAACGGCUGCAUUGGAAGAACAUCAUCGACAGCUCCAUGGAUGUUAUGCCCCGGUCUCGCGUCCUCAAUGGCGGUCGCUUGGUCGCUACAUACACCUUUGCAGACAUGGGCGAGCUAAACUAUCACUCUGAGGUUGCCUACACGCCACUACCAAAGCAAGCGGACAGUAUUGAAGCCCUCGACGUGGCCGUGUUCGCACACUUGAAAGAAGCUAUCAAGGUCGAGUUGGAAUGCCAAGUAUGCUAUUCACUUAUGCUGGAUCCCCUUACUACAUCAUGUGGACACACAUUCUGCCGAAAAUGCGUGGCACGGGUUUUGGACCAUUCGAACCUGUGCCCGGCAUGCCGCAGGGUCAUUCCGCUGCUGCCUGGUGCUCAAGCCGAGCCCUCCAACAAAACAACUUCACAGCUUAUCAGCGGAUUGUGUCCAGAUUUGUUGCAACUUCGCAUAGCAGCCGCAAAAGAAGAAGACAUGGUUGAUGGCAAUAUGAACGUUGCGUUGUUUCCGUGCACGCUGGCGUAUCCGGAGAUGCCCACUUUCUUACACAUUUUCGAGCCACGGUAUCGAUUGAUGGUGCGACGAGCAAUCGAGACGGGUGGCAGGAAAUUUGGAAUGAUGAUGUACAAUCGAAGGGGCAGACCGCAGGGUGCACUGGGUCAAUCGCACUUUGUGCAGUAUGGUACUCUACUCCACAUACAGAAUAUCGAGAUCUUCCCGGAUGGCCGCAGCCUGAUCGAGACCAAAGGUGUUUCAAGGUUUACGGUUUUGGAGACUGCAAUGCGCGAUGGAUAUAUGGUUGGUAGGGUCCAAAGAGUCGACGAUGUACCGUUGUCGGAAGAGGAGGCUAUGGAGGCACGCGAGACAGCUGGCCCGGAACCACCAUCGAAUGACACGCUGGGGCGACUCAACCACAUGUCUACUCAACGGCUAUUACAAUUUGGUCUGGACUUCAUCAUAAGGGCACAAGCGGCAUCCGAACCCUGGCUUGCCGAGCGCUUCAUAUCCGUCUAUGGACCGCCUCCGUCAGAUCCGGCCAUAUUUCCCUACUGGUUUGCUAGCGUGCUCCCUAUCUCAGAAGAUGAGAAAUAUCAACUACUGCCAACCACGAGCGUCAGAGAGAGGCUGAAGAUCACAGCACGGUGGAUAACGAGACUAGAAGCCGCUCGAUGUGGGGGGAAUUUCCGGCGGUGGAUGCCACCGCCUGAGUUUCUCGAGACCGAUUCAGAGCCCGAUAUGGCGGAAGAAACAAGCCCCUCUGCUUCUCAGCCCGAGUCCCCAGCUGAUCCGGCCAGCAAUGAAACCACCGAGGAUGCAUUGCCCGAAGCUGAACAACCAAACUGA